AUGGAUCAAACGUCAACCAAUGACGGCAAGGAUGUCGUUUCUGUCAACAUCGAGUCCGGCCAACGCCAGUCAAAAUUAUCGCUUCGAAAGAGAAUUGCAGGAAUUGUGUGGGAUAGUCUCGACAAAACACCGGAAGAAAGACGUUUCAUAGCCAAGAUCGACUGGUGGAUUUUGUCGUAUUGUUGUGUCGCCUACUUCGUCAAGUAUCUCGACCAGACCAACGUCAGUAAUGCAUACGUGUCUGGCAUGAAAGAAGAUUUGGACCUCACCGGCAAUGAUCUCAACUAUCUUACAACCUUCUUCAACAUCGGCUACAUCAUCGGCCAGCUGCCCUCCCAGUUGAUUCUGACACGCAUCCGCCCAUCGAUAUGGCUUCCGUCACUGGAGCUUAUCUGGAGCUUUGUCGUCAUGGGCAUGGCCGGUGCGAAAAACGUGCAAACUCUUUGCGCCCUGAGAUUCAUCACGGGCCUGCUGGAAGCAUCGGCUUAUCCUGGAAUCAUGACUCUCCUUGGCAACUGGUAUACACCACAAGAACUUGGGAAGAGAGCCUGUAUCUUCCAGGCUUCAUCUGCUGUAGCGCAGAUGUUCUCCGGCUAUCUCCAGGCUGGUCUCCUUGCUGGUAUGGACUACCGCAACGGAGUUCGAGCCUGGCAAUGGCUUUUCAUCUUUGACGGUAUCAUCGGCAUUCCAGUCUGUCUCUACGGCUAUUGGGCUAUCCCGGAUCAACCGACGUCGUCUCGAGCCCGGUGGCUCAAGCCUGACGAUCGCAAAAUGGCCAUCGGUCGCAUGGAAGCUUGCGGCCGGGAACCCAUCCGCAAACUCACCUGGCGCACCAUCAAAGACAUUGCCAAGGGCUGGCCGGUCUGGCUCUUCAGCGCCAUCUUCAUAGCGCAUGUCCUUGGAAUCCGUAUCUAUGCCUACUUCAACGUGUGGCUGAAAUCCACAGGCCUGUUCACGCCGGAAGAAAUCAAUCUGAUCCCCACGGCGGGCUAUGGAGCACAGGUCUUCUUUACGUUGUCCUAUGCGUGGGCGAGUGACGCGAUUGGUCUUCGUUGGCCUCUUGUCAUAGUUGCUUGUACAGUCUCCAUCAUUGGUACGAUAAUCUUGAGCGUAUAUCCCGAGGAUAACAUACCAGCUAUGAUGGCCGCAUGGAUCCUCACCUUCCUCGAGACCGGAGCCGGGGCUCUCAUCAUUACUUGGGUCAACGAGGUGUGUUCUCAUUCUGCAGAGCACCGUGCCGUCAUUAUUGGCGUCGUGGAAACGGCUGCGUUCACUUUUCAGGCGUGGGUUCCACUCUUGGUGUACAACACGGGUGAUGCACCCAAGUUCCCCAUUGGAUACGAGAUGGCCACGAUGUUCUUUGCGUUGGAGAUUGUUCUGACUCUGGUCAUUCUCUGGUGCUCGAAGAAAUGGCCCGUCCAAAAGAUUGAGGUAAUUGACGACGAGUGA